AUGUUUUCGGAAUAUGCGUCUAGGUUCCUGGCGCAGUCACAGUCCCGGCUCUCCAACUUUGCAGGCCAACCCGAAGGCAACGAUAACCCGCCACGGCAUACGAACGACUGGUCAUCACGGCCUCCCCGAAAUGGCGGACGGUCUUUCCUUUCCAGGGGGUAUGGCGGAAAUCCGUAUCAGCCAAGCGGCUCCCGGUUUGGGCAGUUAGGCUUCGCCUCCCGAAUGUCCGCCGCGCAGGAUGCGCCGCUGUUCCACAGUACUCUAGACGAGUACAUGGAGGAAGAUGAUGAGGAUGAGAGGGAUCGUGAAGCAGCGGAUAUGGCCGCCUUACACAUGUCACGGCGUGUUGCCGCAGCGAGCAAGAUGGCAGAGAGUUCAGAGACGGAACCAGACGCCAGCCGCGGCUCGUUGGAACAGAGCAGCGAGACACCCGGGCGAAGAUAUCAGGACAGAGGUCUGCGGAGAGGCAUACGAAGUAGCUGGAAUGGUGCAAGGAGCUUCAGCGGGCGUGGCCGCGGGAGGGACGUCAUAGAUGAGGAGGCAGAGGACAUCCCACGCGAGGGCUCCGACCGGGGCUCAGACACAAACCCAAAAAUGGUUGACAUUGGGCUGGACUCCCAGAUGCAAGAUGAUGACCCCUCUGCGUCUCUGUUAAACGAGGCGGCGACUGAGUCGAGUCCUCCUCCGUUCCAGAAGUUUCAGCCAAGAUCCGGGGACCGCAAGUUCCAGUUGAGGAGGGAAGCUACCCAAGACGACGAGUUUAACGAGGCCCGGCGGGCCAGUUCCGAUGACGAGGCAAUGCCCGCUACCGUACCUCUUGCGGAAGGCGAGGUUUUCAAAUACGAUCCCUUUUUCGCUUGGAUUUUCCUCAUUGCGCUGGCAGGCUUGGUAUCGACAUUUGUACUCGUCUGGUUGCACACGGGUACCCCUAAGAAGGGUUGGGGGGAUACCAUUUAUACGACAUUACAAGCAUCGUUCCAUAUGUUGGCCGUUGACACUCUCAUAUCGGUCAUUGUGUCUCUUGUAUGGCUUGCAGCUCUCCGCUCAUUCGCCCGGCCACUGGCAAUGCUGAUACUUGUUGCCGUACCCAUCAUCAUGUUCUCGUUCUCCCUAUAUCCCUUCAUCUCCAGCUUUGAAGGCGCGACACAUGGAGCGAGUUUCCAAGACCGGGCUAUGAGAUGGGCCGCUCUUGUUCCGGCCAUUUCGGCUGUUGCGUGGGUCUACAUGGCGUACAAGGGACGUUAUGCCAUUCGACAAGCUAUUGAAAUCCUCGAGUUUUCGACCCGUAUCCUUGCCGCCAACUCUGCGCUGUUGCUACUCGGUUUCGCUUGCCUCGCCCUGAUUGUGGUAUGGACAUGGGUGUGGAUGUGGAUGUUUUCGAGGAUCUUCUUGGGCGGAUACUUCUCGAAAAGACUUGCCAGGUUCAUCAUCAGUGUUUCGAGCUGGUGGCUCGGAAUAUGGUUCGUCCUCAUGUACAUGUGGACUAUAGGGGUCAUCAACGCAGUGCAGAGGGCAACGACGGCUGCGACGGUCUCUCAAUGGUAUUUUCACCGCAACGCCGCACCAGCCCCUACGUCAGCUGAGAUCGUCACGGCGGCGCUGAACCACGCGACGACAACCAUUUUUGGAAGCAUCUGCGAGUCCACGCUACUCGCGCUGCUGAUUCGUGCUCCUCUCCUCGUGCUGCCUCGGAGAAUGGCCAAUAUAAUCCAACAUAUUGCUGCUAUGUGGAUACCAACCCCUAUCGCAGCGCUCACGAAUCCGAUGACGAUCACAUACGGUGCGAUUCACUCUCAGAACCUUCACACGGCUGCCCGGGGGCUGAGCCAGAUGGACUUUAUAUCACCUCAGCGACCAACGACAACUCUUACACCGCAAGUGUUCAGCUCACGGCGGUCCAGUCAUUCUCCUUUACUUCCUUAUCGAUUAGCGAAGAUGCUUUUGUAUGCGACACGGUUUAUUAUGGCCACGGCGCUUGGUUUCGCGGGCUGGGUGAUUACGGCGAAGCAAGUGUCAUUACCAGGUGGAAUGGGUGUACGGGGCUCGGCGUACGCUUAUGUUGUCGGAUUGGUUGCUAGUUUUAUCGGAUUUUCAGUUAUGGGCGCUAUGGAGGGUGUUCUCAGCGGCAUCUUGGAUGGAGUGGUUAUUUGCUACGGCAGCGAGCGUCGGAUGGCCAGCGGAGGAGGCGCCUACUGCAUGGAGGCGGCCUACCUAUUUGGCGAAAGGAACAGGCGAGACGAACGAGGCCUUCCUUGA